UCCCAUUUGGCUCAAACAUACAUCAAACAAAUUAACACUUUCAUACAUAAUUAUUUUCAUUUCGCAUUGUUCUAUACUUUAAUUUAUUGACCAUACAUUUGUGAUUAAUAUCAUAUUAUAUACACAUAAUGGAGAGAGUAACAAAGUUGGUAUCAGAGAGAUCAGUGGUAAUAUUUAGCAAGAGUAGUUGUUGUAUGUGUCACACAAUCAAAACUCUCUUAAGUGAUUUUGGAGUUAAUCCAGAAGUUCAUGAACUUGAUGAGAUAAGUGGAGGAAGAGACAUUGAACAAGCACUUUUAAGGCUUGGUUGUAACCCUUCUGUUCCUGCUGUUUUCAUUGGUGGUGAGCUUGUUGGUGGAGCCAAUGAAGUUAUGAGUCUUCAUCUUAAUAGGACUUUGAUUCCAAUGCUUAGAAGAGCAGGAGCUCUUUGGGUUUGAUUAAUCUAAUUCUCAUAAGUUAUUAGCUACUAUAUAUGUAUAAUAAAUCUGUUUUGGUUCCUUUAAUUACUUGUAUAAUUAUGAGAUUAUAUAUAGUAUAUAAGGCCGGCCAGAUAUAUACUAGUUGAGUUUUUUCAUCAAUGUAUGCUACCGAUGAUUGAGCUCAUAUGUUUAAUGAGUUAAGGUUAAGAACGAAGACGAAUUUUUUGAGAGAAUCCAAGUUUGAAUCUUAGCUGGAACAAUCAUUGGUGAGAUUUUACUUACCUUCUAACCUCUGAAUGAUCAAGACCCCUCUUUUUGUGGGAAGCGAGGAUUAAGACGAAGAAAAUAUAUUUUAAUAUCAAUGUAUGCUACUAAUGUGUCAUAAUAAAAAGGCUAUUUAACUUAAUGUAAUUUAGCCUUUUGGUAAAUGUAGCAAUGUAUUUUGGUGAUUA